GUCCAUGUGGUGCGUGUUUGAAGAGUGGAUUCAUGCACUCUUCAGUUUUAGGAUUAAACUGAAUCACACGUUUGAAUUAUUGUCGACCUUAAGUCAAAUCAUCGCUCAAAAUGGGCCCGGCUUCUAAAAGAAACAAGAAAAAGAGGCCUAGCUUCAGAAAGUUACUGAAAACCAGUAACCUGAAGCUAGAAAACAAACUGAAGAAUCGGCAGUUUAAGCAACAGAGUUCGGCUAAAAAACAACGCAAAGAGCAGAGGAAACUCCACAAGGCCAUUUCUGAUGUUUCCCAUCAGACCCUCAAACCCCUGGAGCGCUACAAGAAGAGACCCGAGGAUGAAGAGGAGGAGGAAGAGUUCCUGGAGUCUCUGCCCACAGAUAUGAUGGAUGAAGAUGAUCUGGAACACAUCAGAGCCAUCGCACAGAAAGCCUCUUUUCUGACCCGCGACCUCUCUUCAUGUGCUCCAGUACAUGCCAAAAAGCAUAAGUCUGAGCAGGCGCUGGAGAAUUAUGAGAAGAUGCCCAGAAAGAUGCAGCAGGAGGAAGAGAAAGAGCUUAUUCACUUGCUGCCCAUCAAAGACAAGAGUGGCCUGAUCCCUCAGAGCAUGGAGAAACCUGUUUUACCACAGGCAGAAGAAGAAGAAGAGGAACCAAACCAGGAGGUUUACUUACAAAAAGAGGAGGAACCAGAGAGCGCUCCAUUGCUAACACCUCAGGAGCAGUUUGAGCAGCGCGCACAGAAACUGAUGGAGAAGAAACUGCGCAUCGCCGCUCUGUCCUCUGCAAUACUGGCAGAUCCACAUGUUAAUAUCAAGAAGCUGAAGGAGCUGAGGGCCAUGCUGAUGGAGACAGACCCCUGCGUUGCCGUCACCGUCAGAAAGUUAGUCAUGGUCUCCCUCAUGGAGGUCUUUAAGGACAUUGUGCCGGCAUAUCGAAUCCGACCUCUGACGGAAGAAGAGAAGGCCGCAAAGGUGAAGAAAGAGACGCUGCAGCUCAGAGAGUUUGAGGAGGGUCUGGUCAGCCAGUAUAAGUUUUACCUGGAGGAGCUGGAACAGACAGUCAAAGACUGGAAGCAGAAGAAGGAGAAGAGAAGUCAGGCCGUGUCUCUGCAGUCCUACAAGGGUCUUGCUGAAGUGGCCGUGCGCUGCAUCUGUGAGCUGCUGGUUGCUCUGCCACACUUCAACUUCCACAACAACAUUAUAGUCAUGCUGGUGCCUUUGAUGAAUGACUCCGACAAGAAGGUGUCUGAGAUGUGUUGUGAAGCUGUAAAGAAGCUGCUGAAACAGGAUAAAGUGGGCCAGGCCUCGUUAGCCAUGGUCAAGGUGAUCUCAGGAAUGGUCAAGAGCAGGAACUAUAGGAUCAAACCAGUGGUGCUGAACUGUCUUCUGUGUCUGAGAAUAAAAGAAGUGGACAUGAAGAAAGACACUGAAGAUACUGCACCCAAAAAAAAGUUCAUGUCAUUCAAGGAGAAGAGGAAAAAUUUAUCCAGGAUGCAGCGGAAGUGGAAGAAAGCAGAGGAGAAGCUGCAGAAGGAACUGCUGGAAGCUGAAGCUACAGAGAGCAAGGAGAAGAAAAUUAAACUGCACACAGAGACGCUGAACGUCGUGUUCUUAAUCUACUUCAGGAUACUGAAGAAAGCUCAGAAGUCCGUCUUACUGUCCUCCGUUUUAGAAGGUCUUGCAAAGUUUGCUCAUCUGAUAAACCUGGAGUUCUUUGAUGAUUUGUUAGCCGUGUUGUACAACCUCAUCACAUCAGGGGAUCUGACGUAUCGCGAGAGUCUCCACUGCAUUCUCACGUCCUUCCACAUCCUUUCAGGACAAGGUGACGUCCUCAACAUUGACCCCCUGAAAUUCUACAGCCACUUGUACAGAACGCUGCUGACGCUACACGCAGGAGGAGUGAAUGAGGACACUGUGAUCGUCCUGCAGUGUCUGGACGUGAUGCUGUCCAAGCGCAGGAAGCAGGUGACGCUGCAGAGAGCGCAGGCCUUCCUCAAGAGGCUGAACACUGUGGCUCUACAUCUGCUGCCAGACUCGUGUGUGGGCAUUCUGGCUGCUAACAGGAUGCUGAUGCAGACCUUCCCCAAGUGUGACAUCCUUCUGGAUAAUGAGACGCAGGGCAGUGGUGUGUAUCUGCCAGAGCUGGACGUGCCUGAAUACUGCAACCCGCAGAACACAGCACUCUGGGAGCUGCACUUACUCAAGAGCCAUUAUCAUCCCGUGGUGAGGAAGUUUGCAGCUCAUCUGAUGAAGGGAGCUCCUAGUGAAGGAUCUGGUGCUCUGGGUGUGGAGCUCAGCAGAAGGUCUCCGUUACAGCUCUUUGAAGACUACAGUGUGAAAGACAUGAGCUUUAACCCACCUGUUGCAGGACCACCUUCCAAGAAAAAGGAGUAUUUCACCAUCGGUCAUGCAUUCUUACAUAGUGAGCUGAGUCGUCAGAUUGAUGCCGCUCUUCAGGAGGAACCUGAACAGAUGAGUCUAGACUUCACAUCACCACACACACAGCAGGAACCAUGAACAGAUGAUUACAGUAUGGUGUAAAAUAAUAAAUGAUAUCCGCUUUGAUUUCUA